AUGCCCUGGCACUUCGAGUACACAGAAACACAUCCAGAAGUAUCUGCUUCGUUUCCCAACCGGCAACUUCUUUGGUGGUUCGGACCAUUAGUAUCGAGAGCUUACAAAAAAACUCUUGAUAUUGACGACUUGUUCGAGUUGGACGAUGGCUUGAAAUCGGAGAAUCUCAUGGCACAGUGGGAAACUGAAUGGAACAAAGCACUGAAAGAUUACGAGCAAAGGAAACAAGCGCACUCUUUUCCAUUGGAUGACAAUAUCCUUGACGAGAAGUCUCCGCUCUUGCUCAAUAAUGGCAAGAAUUAUGGGACGCGAAGUAAACCAAAAGUCCAGAAUGAUGAUGAUGAACUACCUUCGAUUAUUGCGGUAUUGUGGAGAUUAUUCAAAUGGGAAUUGAUUGGCGGAAGUGCUAUCAAAUUUCUCUCCGACAUAAUUCAGUUUGCCAACCCGGCUUUUCUCAGCUUGCUCAUCACAUUUACCGAAAACUCAAGCGCCCCUCUCUAUGAAGGACUGUUCUACUCAGCAGGUCUCUUCGUAUCUGCCAUGCUUCGUUCUCUUUUCAUGAAUAACUACUUCACUGUGAUGUUCCGUGUAGGAACGAAAAUCCAAAGUACUCUCACUGCAGCGGUCUACAACAAGGCUCUCAAACUUUCAAGUUCGUCAAGACGUUUGAAAACUCAUGGUGAAAUCGUGAAUCUGAUGGCAAUCGAUGUUGACCGAUUUCGUUUGAUUACACCGCAGCUCCAACAGUAUUGGAGUAGUCCCUUGCAGUUGGAUAUGGAUAUUGUCAAAAUUAUGCCCCAAGGGCUCAAUAACUAUGAUACCUUGAAGCUUCAUGAUUCUAUUAUAUUUGAACCGAGUUCCACUGAGAAUAUUAGGAACUACAACGAAAUUAUUGAUGCUGGAGCAGAUGUGCUUACACAAUCAUGGCUUAUGUGCUGUGAAUGA